ACCCGAUUUCCUUUCAUUAUAUACGUUUCUCAAUGGCUGGCGCUUCUGCUUUUGGAUUCCACCCUCACUUUGCUGGUUUCUGGCACCGAUUUGCCGGAAAGACCCUUGGCGCUAGCAUGUGGUUCUGGAUGAUGUACCGUGCUAAGCAGGACGGUCCUGUUUUGCUGGGCUUGCAACAUCCUUGGGAUCACCACCACGAUGACGGUCAUGGCGAAGAACACCACUAAAAUGUUUUAACAGCAUUAAGAAAACCUCCAUUGACGAAUUGUUAGCACACACACACACACAACGUAAAUGCACAACCCUGAUCACCGAAAUGAACGGAUUUCUUUACACCUUUCCCCACCCAACAACCCACCAAAGUUUUUUUUUUGUUCUUUUGGGUAUAUCACGUUUCUUAAUAGAUUUGCUUACAUGCAAUUUGUUUUAAAGAUAUCUUUAAACAUUGGACGAGCUUGA